AUGAUUUUUAAAAAACUUUUUUCAAUUUCAUCGCUGUUUCUAGUAGCAAAGGCGACUCAUUUCAGAGCAGGAAGCUUGCAGUUUAAAAAGGAUGAAAACGGGGUCCUCAGAGUCACCAGAACAGUUGGCUGGCGGCGAUACUUGGCUGGCUGGGGUAGCAAUGGGUGUGACGAUGACGACAUGGGCAAAUUGAACCCGAAGAAAAUCGCGAACGGACGCGACGGGCACAAAAACUACUACAUGCCGCUCGGAGAGACUGACGUUCAAACAAGCUGGCUGGCGAACCCCAAGACCGUCUACUACGAGUUGCUGCAAAUCGAAAAGAGUAGCUCUCUGACGAAUGACGAGCAUUUUUGCUUUGGAAAGACCUUCGACGAAGAGCUGCCGUCCCAAGUCGUUGGAAAGUCCUUUACGAUGACGAACGGCUAUGUUUGGGAAGCUGCGACGGUGACAAUCACGCACGACAACGGCAACAACGGGCAGGGUUACUACCAGUACACGGCACAUGUCUACGAGUACGACAACAACUCGCCGCAAUUCGAGAACCCCGCGAUUUGGUGGAUCAUGGACGGAUGCGACGGGCAGACUUACUAUAUCACGCCACAGGAUCCGGACGGGGACGAAAUCAUCUGCAGGUGGUCGACCAAGGAAGAAGCGUCGUUUCUAGCCAACGACAAAGAAGGAAUGGAUGUCGGAGGAACAACUCACUGGCCAAUGACACAACUUACUCUCGAUACUGCUGCCUGCGCGGUCACAUAUCAUCCCGAGGAAGACAAUGGCGGAGGCAACAAACCGAUCGCUGUUCAAGUUGAAGAUUUCGACGAAAACGGCGGCAUCAAAUCCUCCGUCCCGUCGGUUUUUCUUGCUCGAGUGUUCACGCCGGACAUGGACAGAAGACUCUUGGACGCGCCUUUCACUGUAACAAACAGGAGAAAAAGAGACACAGGGGAGCAUCAUCACGAGGAAGAAAUAAAAGCCUGGAACGACUGGAAGCCGAACAUCCGACUCCAGCCGCGAAAUACUGACCACUGCGACGGCCUGCCCGUCUGGAUUCCACCGACGCCUCCGAACGAGUCUUUGUUGAUUUACCAGGCAACAGUCUCGUACUAUCAAGUCUGGGCGGCUCGUUUUCUCUUCGAAGGGGAGUACUACACAACAGUCCAUCGCGCUCAAUUCUCCCUUCCCGACGGGAUGAGCUGCACGAAACUGCGAGAAGACGGCACUGCCACGUGCAUUUGGACGCCGACCGUCGAACAAAUCGGCUUGCACACGGUCUGUGGACUUUGCUACGACGUUUUCGAGCGACCAAGCGAAAGGAACUGCGUAAAAAUCGAAGUAAUUUACCCAGAGGCGCCAGUCGAGAAUCCAUGCAACACAACGGCGAUAAUAACCAAAGAAAAAAUGAAAGCAUACGAAUUCAAUGGACAAAAUAUCAUUAAAGCUUCGUGA